GCCAACUUCGCAUGUUCAGGGAAAUCUUUGGUUUGAAAAAAGCCAACUACGUUUAAUGAGCCCUCAUCCUUCCACUCAGUCAAACAAUCCGACAACUAGCGGAAUCCUACUCCAGCUUUGCUAGCUCUGCCAAAGGAGAAGCUCCACAUGACUUCCCGAGCUCACAAGAUGGUGGCCCUAGCUCGGGCCAAGAUCAAAGAAGGAGCAGUCCCCUGGUCAUCUACUACGAACCCUGAGUCUUCCAACAUGGAUGACGUUCCCUGGGACAUGUCACCUAUUCCUCCACCACCAUCAGCAACUGAAGCAAUCGAAGAAGACCUUGCGUUUGAUGCUAACCCUGCUUUAGAAAUUGCAGUCCUGGAAACGAUGGAACCGAAGACUGGUCCGGAACUUGCAUCCCAACGACUGGAAGCAGAGCCCCUUCCUCAUCAACAGCAUGUUGUUAGCACAUCCAGCAUCCCAGCGGAGACCUUGAACUACGUUCCAGGAGCGGAUCAAAACAAGGAAUCGUCAGAAAGCAGCUUAAGAAGUGGAUCGGCAUCGGUCAGCGAUUCUUCAUCCGAGGAGUUACGGCAUUCCCAACGGCUCUGCCCGUCGCUUACCCCGAAGGCAAUCCGAUUUCUUCAGCAAAGAAACACGACAUUCUUUCUUUGUGCCAACGAUUUGGAAGUGACGUUCGUGCCUUCUACAUGA